UGCAGGUCCCUUGCGCCCACCCGCCAGCAUGCACGCCGCCGAGGUGGAUCCCCGUGUAGCCCGGCGAUACCUGCUGAAGCGGCGGCUCGGGAAGGGGGCCUACGGGAUUGUGUGGAAGGCAGUGAAUCGGAGGACUGGCGAGGUUGUGGCCAUCAAGAAGAUCCUGGAGGCCUUCAGGGAUAAGACGGAUGCCCAGAGAACGUUCCGGGAGGUCAUGCUGCUGCAGGAAUUUGGGGGCCAUCCGAACAUCGUCCGGCUCCUGGAUGUGGUCCGGGCCGAGAAUGACAAGGACAUAUACCUGGUGUUUGAGUCUAUGGACACAGACCUGAACGCUGUCAUCCGCAAGGGCGGGCUGCUGCAGGACGUCCACAGACGCUGCAUCUUCCACCAGCUGCUGCGGGCCACCAAGUUCAUCCACUCGGGAGGCGUCGUCCACCGGGACCAGAAGCCAUCCAACGUUCUCCUCGACGCCAACUGCCAGGUGAAGCUCUGCGACUUCGGCCUCGCCCGCACCCUCGGCGGCCCCCCCGAGGGGCCGGAGGGCCAGGCCCUGACCGAGUACGUGGCCACACGCUGGUACCGGGCUCCAGAGGUGCUGCUGUCCUCGAGACGGUGCACCCCCGGCGUGGACCUGUGGAGCCUGGGCUGCAUCCUGGGGGAGAUGCUGCGGGGCCGGCCCCUGUUCCCGGGCACGUCCACACUCCACCAGCUGGAGCUGGUCCUCCGGACCGUCCCGCCGCCGUCCGCAGAGGACCUGCUGGCUCUGGGCUCGGACCACGGCACCUCGGUCCUGCACCUCGUGGGGGCUCGGCCUCGCCAGCCGCUGGAGGCCCUCCUGCCGGCCGACACGCCCCCCGAGGCCCUGGAUCUCCUGCGGCGACUGCUGGCGUUUGCCCCGGACAAGCGGCUCACCGCGGCCCAGGCGCUGCAGCACCCCUAUGUGCGGAGGUUCCACUGCCCCGCCCGGGAGUGGUCGCUGGAGGCGCAGGUUCGGCUCCCGGUGCCCGAGGGAGCCCAGCUCACGGCCGCCGAGUACCGCAGCCGCCUCUACCAGAUGGUCCUGGAGCGCAGGGGCGACAGCCGCGACCCCACCGAGCAGGGCCUGGGGGGCACGCCCCGGGGGACAGAGCCCAGCGACCCGCUCAGCCCGCCCCUCGUUGUGGGGCCGCGCGCCGCCCACGGCCCAGGCUCCGGGCCCGGGGACUGAUCUGCCGGCCCCACAGACGAGCCCCGCGGAGCCCAGAAUGUUCCCAGGCAGAGCUCGGCUCCCCUGCUUCAGCCUCCGUCCCCAGGAGGUCCGGGAAGAGGGGCGAGGCGCCCCGGGGCGACGGCGGAGUCCCCCUCAGCACCCCCGUGGGUGAAGCCCCGCGCGCAGGAGGCGGCGCCCUCCCUGACCUCGCAGGCCAACGCCCAGGUGGCCAUCCAGGCCCUGAUGCGGAGCGACCCGGACCGAGGCCGUGGGGCGAGGCCGGCCGGCGUGGGACAGGUCUCGCUCCCGCGUCCCGGGGAAGGCCGGCCCGAGCCCCGUCCCGGCCGGAAGAUGUUCGGAGCCUCGGCCUCGCAGGGGGUCCAGGGGGCCGCGCGGGCCGCGCUCGGGGGCUACUCGCAAGCCUAUGGCACCGUCUGCCACUCGGCGCUGGACCGCCUGCCCCUGCUCCCGGGACCCCACGCGUGAGCCGCGACCCUGCCUGCUGCCCAGCCCCGCGGGGUUCCUGCGCCCGCCGCCCAGCCCGGAGUCCCAGGAUGUGCCCCCGCCCCGCCCCCUCAG